AUGACUGUGCUGGCCAGGGCCCGGCGGGGUACCCGGCAGCUCUCUCCGCAGGUGGUGUUGCUUGUGCUCUUCGCCUUCUGCCUGUUCAGUGUUUUCGUCUCUGCGUAUUAUUUAUAUGGGUGGAAAAGGAGCUUGGAGCCCUCUGGGGAUGUGGCGGGGCCAGACUGCGACGAGCCCAAGGUCGCCCCUUCCCGCUUGCUGCCACUGAAGACCCUCAAGGUGGCCGACUCCUCCCGCACGGACCCCUUGGUGCUGGUCUUCGUGGAGAGCCUCUACUCCCAGCUGGGCCAGGAGAUCGUGGCCAUUUUGGAGUCAAGUCGCUUCAAAUACAGGACGGAGAUCGCCCCAGGGAAGGGGGACAUGCCCACGCUGACCGACAAGGACCGGGGACGCUUUGCUCUCAUCAUCUACGAGAACAUCCUCAAGUACGUCAACCUGGAUGCCUGGAACCGGGAGCUGCUCGACAAGUACUGCGUGGAGUACGGCGUGGGCAUCAUUGGCUUCUUCAAGGCCAACGAGAACAGCCUGCUGAGCGCCCAGCUGAAGGGCUUCCCCCUCUUCCUCCACUCCAACCUGGCGCUGAAGGACUGCAGCAUCAACCCCAAGUCGCCCCUGCUGUACAUCACACGCCCCAGCGAGGUGGAGAAGGGCGUGCUCCCCGGGGAGGACUGGACCGUCUUCCAGUCCAACCACUCCACCUAUGAGCCGGUCCUCCUGGCCAAGACCAAGUCAGCUGAGUCCAUCCCGCACAUGAGCGUGGACGCGGCGCUGCACACCACUGUGAUGCAGGACCUGGGCCUCCACGACGGCAUCCAGAGGGUGCUUUUUGGCAACAACCUCAACUUCUGGCUGCACAAGCUCGUCUUCGUGGACUCUGUCUCCUUCCUGACGGGCAAGAGGCUUUCCCUGCCACUCGACCGCUACAUCCUGGUGGACAUUGACGACAUCUUUGUGGGCAAGGAGGGCACGCGCAUGAAGGUGGAAGAUGUCAAGGCGCUAUUCGACACACAGAACGAGCUGCGCACCCACAUCCCGAACUUCACCUUCAACCUGGGAUACUCAGGGAAAUUCUUCCACACGGGUACCGAUGCCGAGGACGAAGGUGACGACCUGCUGCUAUCCUAUGUGAAGGAGUUCUGGUGGUUCCCCCACAUGUGGAGCCACAUGCAGCCUCACCUCUUCCACAACCAGUCGGUUCUCGCCGAGCAGAUGACAUUAAACAAGAAAUUCGCUGUCGAGCAUGGCAUCCCCACUGACAUGGGUUACGCCGUGGCCCCCCACCACUCAGGCGUGUACCCCGUCCACGUGCAAUUGUAUGAAGCUUGGAAGCAGGUUUGGUCAAUCAAAGUGACGAGCACAGAGGAGUACCCUCACCUGAAACCUGCUCGCUAUCGCCGUGGCUUCAUCCACAAUGGCAUCAUGGUACUCCCCCGGCAAACCUGUGGCCUCUUCACACACACCAUCUUCUACAACGAGUACCCUGGUGGCUCCAGUGAGCUGGACAAAAUCAUCAACGGGGGUGAACUGUUCCUGACUGUGCUCCUCAACCCCAUCAGCAUCUUCAUGACCCAUCUGUCCAAUUAUGGCAACGACCGCCUGGGUUUGUACACCUUCAAGCACCUGGUCCGCUUCCUCAACUCCUGGACCAACUUGAAGCUGCAGACGCUGCCGCCCGUGCAGCUGGCACAGAAGUACUUCCAGAUCUUCUCCGAGGAGAAGGACCCGCUGUGGCAGGAUCCCUGUGAAGACAAGCGUCACAAAGACAUUUGGUCCAAAGAAAAGACUUGUGACCGAUUCCCAAAGCUUCUCAUCAUUGGGCCUCAAAAAACAGGAACGACCGCCCUUUAUCUCUUCUUGGGGAUGCACCCGGACCUGAGCAGCAACUACCCCAGCUCAGAGACCUUCGAGGAGAUACAAUUCUUCAACGGACACAACUAUCACAAGGGCAUCGACUGGUACAUGGAGUUUUUCCCCAUCCCCUCCAACACCACCUCCGACUUCUACUUCGAGAAAAGUGCCAACUACUUUGACUCAGAAGUGGCUCCCCGGCGAGCUGCGGCCCUGCUCUCCAAGGCCAAAGUCAUCACCAUCCUCAUCAACCCUGCAGAUCGAGCCUACUCCUGGUAUCAGCACCAGCGAGCUCACGAUGACCCAGUUGCCCUGAAAUACACCUUCCACGAGGUGAUCACGGCAGGACCCGAGGCUGCUGCAAAGCUCCGGACCCUGCAGAACCGCUGCCUGGUGCCGGGCUGGUACGCCACCCACAUCGAGCGCUGGCUGAACAGCUACCACGCCAACCAGAUCCUGGUCCUGGACGGCAAGCUGCUGCGAACAGAACCCGCCAAAGUGAUGGAGACAGUCCAGAAAUUCCUUGGUGUGACCAACUUCAUCGAUUACCACAAGACCCUGGCGUUUGAUCCAAAGAAAGGAUUCUGGUGUCAGCUUCUGGAUGGAGGGAAAACAAAAUGCUUGGGAAAGAGCAAAGGGAGGAAGUACCCCGAGAUGGAUUCGGAUUCGCGCGCCUUCCUGCGGGACUAUUACAGGGACCAUAACAUAGAGCUCUCCAAGCUCCUGUACAAAAUGGGGCAGACGCUGCCCACCUGGCUGCGGGAGGAGCUGCAGAGCACCAGGUAG